GCGGUUCAUUCUCUUUUUCCAGGGAAAAAACACAGAGGACGAUAGUCUGAUUUCGCUUGAAGAACUCAAAAAUAAAGAAAAAUUAGCCAUGAAACUCAAGAAGGCAACAGCAGAAGAGAAAUCUCCAAAAUUUCUUCAACAUAAGAGAAUGAAGAAAUGGGUUGACAAGUCUGAUCAUAAUUGCUUCAUGUUGUUUGCAAGAUCACUCUACAUCACUUGGGGUGGUCACGAGAACUGGGUUUGGAAUUGUUUCAAGGAAACAGGAGAUGAAAAUGUGGAAGUAGCAAAACUAAGCCAUGUGUGUUGGCUGGAUGUGAAAGGAAAAUUUAGCAUAUCAGAACUCUCACCAGGAAUUGCCUAUGAGAUUGUUUAUGAAGUGAAGUUGACAAAUGGGGCAUCAGGAUGGGAACUGCCUAUCACCCUGAAACUGUCCCUUCCUAAUGGAGAAGUCCGAGAACGCCAAGUUGUUAUUCUUGAGAAGCCAAGAAAGAAAUGGAUAGAGCUCAACGUGGGCAACUUCUUAACAAAGCAAGGAGAGACGGGAGAAGUCUGCUUUGACAUCAUCGAACAUGGAGGACACUGGAAGAAGGGACUUUUCAUUAAAGGUGCCAUUAUUAGGCCAAAAAUGAUCACUACCCAAUAAUCAAAAUUAAUGCACAAAUAUGUACUUUGUUUAUUUUGAUCUUUGUUUGCUAUAAUCUUAUUAUUAAUUUGUAUGAUGAAUCUGGAGUUGGCUGUGCCAUUUUCAUGCUGUAUUCCUUAAAUAUUGGGUAAAAUAAUUUAUCUAAAUUUAAUUUGGAACAA